AUGGAUGGUGGGUGUCGUUUGUGUCUAAAUGGUGCCUUACAAGUUGGGCCGCGAGACGUCUGGAUGGAUGGAGAUCCAAAUUGGCCAGGCGUCAAGACACUAAAAGCUAAGAGCAAGCCAGGGCAAGAAGCAAAGAAGGGACGAGAAAAUAGAGACAAGACGUCCCGGAAGUCAGGUGAGACGAGAAAGAGACGUCCAAAGAUAGAACCCUUAAGUAACGUUUCUCAACCUCCGCAGUUUGCUAUGUUACCGCAGGAUAGCGCGGCAGACUCAAGUAUCAAGCGUGGUUUAAGUCACCUCACCUUAUGUACUCCUCCUCACGCAUCAGACAGUUAG